UUUAUCCACCACUAGCACCGACGCAAAUCCAAAGAAGAACCGAAAAAAAGUGCAACAAUUAAGUUCCCCCGCCAUUGAAAUGUUGCCAUGUAUAUAGUCGAUCGCAUUCGAUUAAAAAUGCGCUGCUGCGUAUGACGACAGUUUCCGACCGAGCUAAUUUUUUCCGCGUGUGCGUGAGCGAGUGGGAAAAACGCGUGUCCAGGAAAACGCGCCAACGAAACCAAGAUUACUACCGCCCACCCACUGCGCCCGCCCAUCGAUCACGCGCGCCUAUAUUCCACACUUCCUAAAUGAUAAUGGUGCGCAGACGACAACGGCCCGCAAAGGAAUCCACUUCCUCCUCUGGCGGCGCCUCCUCGGGAUCAGACCUUCCGGUUGACCAAACGCUGCCACUGAAUGUGGCGGGAAAUCUGCUGGAGGAUCAAUAUUUUGCCAGCCCCAAGCGGAAAGACUGUCGACUGAUGAAGGUCAGCGAAAAUGGCCAGCUGCCGGAAACCACAAUGGCCCACAAAGGCCAACACAAAGACAACAAAGCGGAUCGGACAAUAGGGGUACCUUUGGCCACUCGCUCGCAAACGCGCACCAUUGAGAACUUUUUCAAAGCCAAUGCUGCCGUCAAGGAUUCCCAAAAGACAAUACCCACAGAGCUAGGUCAGGACCUAGAACUGCAGAACGAUCAGCUAAAUCUUCAGGGUGAGCAGCUAAACAUAGAGGAUGAGGAGCUAAAACUGCAGGAGGAGCAGCUGCAGCACACAGAUGACCACCUGGCCUUCGCAGAUGAAGAAGAUGCCAAGGCAGAGCAAAAACUAAUGGACGAGGAACUGCAGCAGGUGGUGGAGGAGCUGUUGUUUGAUGGCAGCUCCAGAGCCUCCUCAGACUCGCCCUGCUAUCGCCAUGAAUUGGAGGCCAUGCAGGAGAUCCCGGAAAUCCCUCAAAUGCUCCACAACAACGAGGCCCGCGAGACCCACGAAGGACUGGGCUCCCUGGCUGACUUUCAGACACAUCGCUCCGCGCUGAGGGACAGUCAUAGCUCUACGCACAGCAGCAGCACCGACAACAUAUUCCUGCAGGAGCCCGUGCUGACUCUGGACAUAGAUCGCACGCCCACCAAAGCCUCCAGCAUAAAAAUCAACCGGAGUUUUGAACUAGCGGGAGCCGUAUUCUCGUCUCCACCAUCGGUGCUAAAUGCCUGCCUUAACGGGCGCUUUAAUCAAAUAGUAAGCCUGAACGGUCAAAAGGAACCGCUGGCUGGGCCAAACUUCGAUUUGGAACAGCACGACAGCAGUUCCUGUGACAGCGGCGUGGCCUGCGGUCUCACUGCCAACACAGAAUCGCCAGCAGGAGCAGCUCGACGCCGGAAGCCAGCCACUCCGCAUCGCAUACUGUGCCCAUCGCCCAUCAAGACGGGUCUGAAGGCCACCGGAGGAAUUUGCAAAGGCGGAUCCACAGAUCCGCUGUCGCCGCGCAAGUCGCCAAGGAAAUUGCCCGCCACCACGGCGGCGGUGGCCGCCUGCAAGUCACGCCGAAGACUGAACCAGCCAAAGCCACAAGCGCCUUACCAGCCACAACCACAGCUACAGAAACCACAGCCACAGCAGCAGCAGCAGGAUGACAUCGUAGUGGUGCUAGCCGACGACGAUGAUGAAGAGGAGGACGAGGACGAUGUUCAUGCCCUGCUUAAGGCCGCCGAGGAGCGGGAAAACCAGAACAAAGAACCAGCCACAGCCAACAGCAACAAAACGGGCAUGAAAGCCAUGCUCAAGCCAGCGCCCGUAAAAUCAAAGCCCAAGAGCAAGGGGCCAGCGAAGGGUCAACCACCGCUGCCUUUGGCUGCCACCAAUGGCAACCGUGAGAUGACCGACUUCUUCCCGGUGCGCAGGAGCGUACGCAAGACCAAGACGGUCGUCAAGGAGGAAUGGAUGCGAGGUCUGGAGCAGGCCGUGCUCGAGGAGCGUUGCGAGGGCCUGCAAGUCCGCCACUUCAUGGGCAAGGGAAGAGGUGUGGUCGCCGAGCGGCCCUUUAAAAGGAACGAGUUUGUGGUCGAGUACGUGGGAGAUCUCAUCUCAAUCAGCGAGGCCGGCGAUCGGGAAAAACGCUAUGCGUUGGACGAGAAUGCCGGGUGCUAUAUGUAUUACUUCAAGCACAAGAACCAGCAGUACUGCAUCGACGCCACCGUGGACACCGGAAAGCUGGGGCGUCUAAUCAAUCACUCGCGUAACGGCAACCUUAUGACCAAGGUGGUGCCCAUCAAGCAGCGGCCUCAUCUCGUGCUCCUGGCCAAGGACGACAUCGAGCCGGGCGAGGAAUUGACCUACGAUUAUGGCGAUCGCUCCAAGGAGUCGCUGCUGCACCACCCCUGGUUGGCCUUCUGAGGAAGAGCUUUCCAGGAGCUCGCAAAAGGGGAUGCGGUUCAGCCUUAAAACGAAGACUAUUUACCAUGUUCGAGGUAGAGAAUCUUUCAAAUAAUGCCAGGGCUAAACAUGUUUUAGGUCCUAGGGAUUAUUUCUUAGCUUUUGUACGUAGAUGGGCUCGCCUUGAACUAUAACAAAAUUGUUUUCACCCCUGUUCCCAUUGGUAUAUUUUGUCGGAAUUGGAUUUACUUAAUAAUUUCAAUUACUUUUGGUAAGACCAAUUUAAUCAAUUUUAAUUCCGGCAAUUUAAAUCAAAAUGAAACAAAGAACUCGACCAGUUCUGGGCAUCCCCGAGCUUAGAUCUUAUUUGAGGAAAAGUAUGUAAACUGUUAGUUCAAAAUAUCAUAACGGAUAGCGGCACCCAACGCACUCCUCACUCUAGGGUGGCUUUAGCCAGGGACGGAAAGUAAUCAGUGUAAAUUCUAACAAGUUUGCCUCAGUAAUUGGUCUAAUGUCAAUUUGGGUCUUAUCCGUUUCCAAACAAAGAUACAAAUCCAGCUUAUCUCUUGGUUUAGUAAAAUAACCGAAAUUAACUAAUAAGAACAAAAUUAUCAAAAAGACCUAGACUACAGAGAUUGUAAAUUGAUAUUAGACCCAAUAUCCCUAAAGCAAAAUGCCUUAAAAUUCAACGAUUACGAUUCACCCCUUAGAUUCUUUGUCAAAAGACUUACACCCCCAUGUCUCCAUACACUCAUGAGCAUAUUUUUUUUGGUUUGUUAGCGUUUCAUUAUGUUAGAGCAAGGCUUAAGUUAGGAGAGAUAAUAAUAACUAUAAUACCACAAAACAACGCGCUUGAGCAUUAAGGCAUCUUAAGAUAAUAGAAUGAAAAAGAAAACUGUUGACCAUUUAGAGAGAUGAUGAUUUUCAUGAAAAUGUUAAUGAAGAUCCACAUUCACAUUGAUAAAAAUCGAUCGUACACUAUUUAUAUAGAUAUUUAUAUUAGAUACAUGUGUAAUUUCUAACUAUUACGUACUAUUUACUGCCAUAGUGCUAUACAUCCCCUCGCACCUGCCCCAAACCUCUAGGAACUGACACGAAAUUGUUGAUUUAAAUCAUGGACACACUCAUUAAUUCGCGAGGCUUCUCCAGGAGAGUAGUGGACUGCUGGACACCUAGUGCUUCAAUUUACGAAUAAUCUCUCUACUCACACGCAGGUUUCAAUCACACACUCACUAGUACACCCAUAUAAUAUAUAUAUAUAUUUAACGAUAGAUCACCUCGCCCCGUCCCAGAAAUCCGGCUUAUAUAAUUUAGCGAAAGAGAGUUCAAAUUUGUGUUGUCCCUACCCUUACCCAGAUUUCUGUAUUUCAAUGAAUGCUCCAAUACUGAAGGAUUUCGUUUUUUAAAUAGGUUUAUUUUAAUCUGCGCAUAUAUUUUAAUUAUACAAUAUGGUAAAUAUAUUUUAAUAUGUUCUAGUACAUAGUUAAUUCAUUUAUUUAAAUCAAGCAGCAAUCAUCUAUAAUCAUGUUCUUGUUUUUACCUUUUUUCAUUGACUUGGCAAAAUAAAACAAAACAAAUGGAAAACUA